GUUGCCAUGGGUGGGGUACGCGUCAUUGCAUUGAUUUGCUCUAUUCCGGCGAUUCUUAAAAACGCAAUUAGGGCUUCACCAGAAAUUAUUUAGUAGUGUGUGAAAAAUAAAAAUAAACCAAAACUGCGAAGUUUCCGUUUCUGACAAAUAUUGUCAAAAGACUAGUCCAUCAUUCUUUAUAAAUUCAAUCAUUGUAAAUAUUAUUGUCUCGCUGAAUUUGAAGAAAAAUUAUUAGUUAUGGAAUUACGGGAGACGAGUACGCCUAAUGCUCAAUAUUCUUAUUCAAUAUUGCCGUUAAACGAUCAGCACACCAUUUUCGACUGCCUUCUAGUAAUAAACGGAAAAGACUAUGUGUUACACUUAUUACUUCCUAACUAUCCAUCACAUAAGGGAUGCACAGUUAAUGUGAGCUGGGAGUUAAGGUCAAUAAUGACGAGUAAAAGUAAAGGUUUCAAUCAACAUUUGCUUGAAAACUGUUGCAGUGUUGCAGAAUUUGUUGAAAAAUUGGUCCUCCUAAUCAAAGAUCACACAACAGAUUCCUGUAUUAUUGACAAGGAUAAACUAAGAGCGGUAGAUUACUCAAACAUUCUGGAUGAUAUUGAUAAAAUAGGCUGGGAGAAGCUCUCAAGUGUUAAUCAUGAUUUCACUGAGAUCAGGCUGAAAAUGUAUGAUUCUUUGAAUCGUGAACACAUUUUGAAUGUCAAAUUUAACAAUGAUUUGCCAGAGUUUUCAACAGAGUUUCCCAGAAUCAUAAACUUUGAAUGGCAUGAGAGCACUAGUACACUGAUUGAAAUGUACAACAUAUUUUGUGAAGAAACAGAACAUUACCAAGAUUUCUGGGAAACAAUGGAUGAGUUGGACAGUAGAUGUUGGGUUCUAGAACCUGAAAACCCCUCAAGACGUGAUACAUACAGGAAAAUAUCUAUUGCUCCAAACGUGUCUCUGAAAAUAGAAGUAGAUCCAAAUCACACUCGCAUUUUCCCCUCUAUUACUUGGCUUGGGUCUGAAACGGCUGUGUUUGUUUUCCGAGAGAAAAUUUUAGAUCGAGUUGAGACUUGGAACAGCGAUUUCCCAAUAACUACCAAUCUCGAAAGACUUCUCGAGAUAUCCCUACCGUCGAAACAAACUUGUGAACAAACAGCAGAGAGUCAUGAGGUGACCUGUUGUAUUUGCUACUCAGAACGCCUCAAUGGCGAAGUUCCAUCGCGCACUUGUGACAAUUCUCACUGCGGACAAUCAUUCCACAUCUAUUGUCUAUACGAGUGGCUUCGAAGUUUAAGAGAGACGAUAAGAAAGCAGGGGAAUAAAGUUUUUGGAGCGUGUCCAUAUUGUGACCAACCCAUCUCGUGCAAUCCUCCAGGACCUUAAAAUGUCAUGUUCAAGGAGAGACUGAAUUCCACCAACCACAUGUCUACAGGCAAGUGUGAAAAUCCUCGUCUCCUUUAGAUGACUUUUAACGGGCUGCUGCACUUGUAUAGCCCAUAAAAGAAAAUGCGUUGUUGCAAAUGAUCAAAAAUGAAGGAGACGACAGCUCACGGAGAGUCAGAGACCCCACUACCACAAAGGUAUAGUAGUCAAACCUAUUCAUGCAUUAUAGUUUAUGGUUUGUAGGUACCUCGACGAUACAGUCAACAAGGAGAACUUAACGAUGUCUUCCGGUGGUCUAGGUUGAAAGAUUUUGCAUGAAUAACAAAAUAAGUCAUGUACGUCGUCAAACAUUUUGUAAAUAUUGGCAAUAUUGUCAUGAAAGUAGCUGAUGAAAGGCGCGACGGCUUAAAGCGAAUUCGAGGUUAUAUAAACAAUUCCAUAAUUAGUUUAUAUGUGGGAAAAAGACCAAGGUCCUUCUAGUGAACAGGUACACAGUUAAGUAUCGUAAAAGAAAUUAUACGUGUAUUUUACUUCACUGCUCAGUUCAAGGUGUUAUUUAAUUGGAGAUGGUAUUUUUAAUUCAUGUAAGUGACCAGUGGAUGAUGUGUACAUAACCUCCAAACGUUUUUGCUGCCACCGUACCGCACAUUUUGAUAGCGAUCCUCCAUAUGUUUGCUCCAGCUUUUCUGUACUCUCUCUUCUUGCAUGUCUUCCCUUUAUUGAGGCUAUAGCGACGAGUUACGAUGUAUAAUAAUAACAAGCUAAAAAAAAAUAUAUAAUUUAAUGCGUC